AUGGAGAUUAUAGAAGCUAUGCGAGCUCUUAUUUGCUCAAAAGACAAGGCAGAACAAGGCCAAGGUUAUACAGAAGGGUGGGUUGGUUAUCUACUCUUAUGCGCCUUCCUUCUUCGAACCUUUUGGUAUGUAUUGCCCCCUAACUAUAGAUCAGAUCCACCGGACGAGAAAGUCAAUUCCGCACUGCUGCUGAGUCGUCGGACUUAUCCACCAAGGGAUUCGUGGAAUUUCUCGCCCCCUUUUGGGUAUGCAGGUACUAUUAGUCCUCUCACUACCAACCAGCAGACAUCAUCUGGCUGGGUCUUGCCGGGGGGAUCGGAGCAAGAGGGAAGUCCUAGACGACGUUUUUCUUCCUGGGCUGCAGUAAGUAGAUCGAGAGGUCGUUCCGCCCCUUGUCCCCGAAGAUGGGUAAUCUGUUCUCAAAAAAUGUUGCUCCAAUCUGACCUAGCUGGCGAGCGAUCCCAGUUCGCGGCAGAGAACAAGACAGCAAGCGAGCGUACCUUUGUUCGCUUCUUCUCCACCAAGCACGGAAGUUUAAGGAUAACUGUAGGUCGGUGGCUACCUAAGGAAACUCCGAUUCGAUCUUCCCCCCGGCUGGGAGGCAUCUACCUGAUCCCGAUCACAAGGAGAGGUUCACCAUGA